ACCACCAUCAUCAGCAGCAGCAGUUCUUAUUUCCUUUAGUUUUAGACAAACUGGGCAGAUAGGUUAAAAAUCCUUUCUGCUGACUCUCGUCACUUCUCUAACAAGGCCUCCUCUAUACUUAUUGAUGUUUAUAACUCCAUAAAUAUAUAUUAACCACAGUUUACUACUAUUAAACACAGUUUGCCUCAAUUCUGCUGGAUGAAGAUAUUCUAGAUUUACUUAAAAAAAAAAAGCUCUUAUUUUAGCUGCGAUGGAGGAAAGCUUCUCUGCAAGUGAUGCUGCUACUGGUGAAGAGGUGGAAAUGGAUUUACCAAGAAAUGAGGUUUUAACUGAUGCAGAAGUGGGUUGUGGUGACUUACCUGUUAAUGCAACCAGUCCUGAUGUUGGUAUAUAUAUAGCAAGACCUUCCAGCCUGUUAAGAUCUUUGGAUGACAUUACAGAUGGAUUACUUGACCAAGAUCAGGAAACCUUAAGUGAACGAGUUGCAAUUUUAGAAAAGAAAGUACAACUGCAAGGGGAUGAAAUAGUUUGCCUUAAAAGUGCCCUUGCUGAUGUGAUUCGCAAACUAAACCAGGUCCAGGAAUCUGGUAAAGUGUUGCAAAAUAACAUUCUGCCUUCCAAGCCUGCAUUUAAGUCUGCGUCUCGGCGUGGGGAAAAAAAAGCAGUGCACUUAAGUCCAGUGGAUAGUAUUCAUAGUGCUCCCCACCGAAGUACAACUCCUCCAGCUAGGACAUCUCCAUCACAUAAAGCUAACAAUGCCAAUCUUAAGAAAUGGUCAUCACUAUCAACAACCACAGAACUUAAUGAUGGAAAUGUUAAACCAUUUAGGGCCAAACCUGUGUAUUAUGGCAAACUGCCGUCUCUUAGAAUGAAUUUAUAUGGAAGUGCUUCAUGUCUUUCAUCAAACCGUUUACCAGCCUGUCCAUCAAAGAAACCGAAGAAUAAGACAACUGAACAAAAAUAUUGUGCGAGGUCACCAACUAAAGCUGAAAAGGCUAAACCACCUCCACAAACUCUUUCAGACUUCAAGAAAUGGUUCCAGUCAAGUUCAAAAGAACCAUUUUGGAACCUAGAUGAAGGCUAUCUGAAAAUAUAUUUGCGAGGCCGUCCUAUAAAUCUGUAUGCUCCAUCCAGCGUUACUGAUUUCAGCAUGACAAAGACUGUAGAACCUCCUUCUGAAAAACUACAACUUGAAUGGGUUUAUGGAUACAGAGGUAGAGAUUGCCGAUCUAACUUGCACUAUUUGCCAACAGGUGAAAUAGUGUAUUUCAUUGCAGCAACAGUAGUGUUAUAUAAUGUUGAAGAAGAAAUGCAACGGCAUUACUUGGGACACACAGAUGAUGUGAAGUGGUAUGUUGUUUUUCUAUCUUUCCUAGUAUUUAGAAAAAAUGUCACUUUUGCGGAAUCACAGACAGGUAUUGAAGACCAUCAGGCUCAAAAUUUGGCUGCAUUGAAGAUCCAGCGGAAAAGGAUGCCUCUUAGUCAAUCAUUGCCUCAUAUUCGUAUCUGGGAAUCAGUGCGUCUUACAACCUUAAUGGUUAUUGGCAUUGGUGACUUUGAAAGAGCUGUAUGCUGUUUGUCUUUUUCGAAGCUGGAUGGAGGCCAACAUCUUGUUGCAGUGGAUGAGGCUAAUGAGCAUGUAAUCUCUGUGUGGGACAUCAGUAAAGAGAAGGCACAUAAAGUCACAGAAACUAAGAGUUCAACCGAAACUGUGCUAGGAGCUGAAUUCCAUCCAUCAGAGAAAAACACUAUAGUCACAUGUGGCAAAAGUCAUAUUUCAUUUUGGACCUUAGAAAGUGGUGCAUUAACCAAAAAGAUGGGAAUAUUUGAUAAACAUGAAAAACCAAAAUACAUUUUGUGCCUACUUGCUUAUAAAGUUUCUUUGAUAAUAUACUUACACAUUUUUUUUUCUCUAGGAGGUAAUCGAAUCAGUCAAGCAAUCCUUGGAGCUCAUGAAGGAGGGGUGUUUUCAUUAUGUGUCUUAAAGAACGGUCUUCUACUCUCUGGUGGUGGGAAAGAUCGGCGUAUUGUUGAAUGGGAUGGUAACUCUUACAAACAAACUGGCAAUCUGACAGAGAUACCUGAACAGUUUGGACCAGUAAGAACAUUAAGUCAGGGUAAAGGCAAUCUCAUUCUAGUUGGAACUACUAGAAACUGUAUUCUUCAAGGAACUGUAUAUCUCAAGUUUAACCCAAUUGUACAGGGUCAUACUGAUGAAUUAUGGGCAUUAUAUCCUCAUCCAACUCAAAACCAAUUUCUUACUUGUGGUUAUGAUAAGCAUGUUUAUCUUUGGGACAGUUUAUCUCAUACAGUUGUCUGGAGUAAAGAAAUCAAUGAGUGUGCUCAUUGUUGCUGUUUCCAUCCAGAUGGUAACUUAACUGUAAUUGGCACUCAGACAGGACGUUGGCUAGUAUUAGACCUGACCACACGAGAAAUUAUUACCACCCAUUGUGAUGGCUCUGAACAAAUUGAAUGUGUUAGAUUUUCACCAGAUGGUAAUUUUUUGGCUGUUGGUUCCCGUGACAACAGUAUAUACAUUUAUCAUGUAUCUGAGAGUGGCAGCAAAUAUAGCCGAAUUGGAAAAUGCACCGGUCAUUCCAGUUUUAUCACUCAUAUAGAUUGGUCAGUUAACAGUCAGUAUAUCCAGAGCAACUCCGGAGACUAUGAAGUUCUUUUUUGGACAGCAUCUACUUGCAAGCAGUUAAUUAGCCCAAAUGCUAUCCGGGAACUUGAAUGGCAUACCAGCACUUGUACUUUAAGUUUCAAUCUUGCCGGUAUCUGGCCUGAAGGUGCUGAUGGUACAGACAUCAAUGCAAGCUGUCGAUCAAAUAGUGUAAAGCAAUUAACAGCUACUGCUGACGAUUUUGGCAAAGUCAACCUGUAUAGGUAUCCCUGUAGCCAGCCUUUAGCUAAACAUCCGAUUUAUAGUAUUUCUGAAUGUCACCACAAACAUUCCUUCCUUACAAAACGCAACGACAAAUGUGUUUGGGCGAGAACGAAGUACUUCAAGAAAUGCUGGGAGUGUGGAGUAAAGGGGAAGUGUACAGCCAGCGUCCAUUAA